AAGUUUGGUGUUCAGUCCAAAAAAGCCAUCAAAACCCUAUCCAAAGGAGAUCUUUUUAAGCAAGGCUAACAGCCAUAAAACCAUAAACCUUACCUCCUCUUUUCUUCUCCUACAAAAAAAAAAGAUCUCCCAUAAUUUCAGCGGAUUCCAUCUGGGGUUCUCCUUCACAGUUAAUGGACCAUAGUCUCUCCCUCCACAAAGCCUCUUUUGUCUCGUCUUUUUUACCAUCCGCGGUAAAAAACUCCCAGGGGCCCUACGUCUUUACCCCUCGGAAUUUACCUUCCAACUUUACUUCUUCGCACCGGAGACGACUUACGACUGGCUUUUCUUCUACUGCUUUCAGUAAUCGGAAGGAACCAUCGGUCAAAGCCAGCGCCGGGGCUAGCCACUGCGACUUUAGCAGCUUGAACGCGCCUCUUGAGCCAAGGUCUGCUCCGGGGAAGUUAUUAAGCAGCGUUCUUCAGAACCAACGACAGUUCUUUCACUUCGCCGCCGCCGAUGAACUUAAACGGCUAGCCUGUGAUCGUGACGCCGCCGUCGCUCGUAUGUCUCUCAGCUUGAAUUCUGAUGAAGCUUGUCUUCACAGAAGGAUUGCUCAAGUGAAAGAGCACGACUGCCAAGCUGCUGUGGAAGAUGUUAUUUAUAUGUUAAUCUUCUACAAAUUCUCCGAAAUCAGAGUACCAUUGGUUCCAAGGCUCUCCAGGUGCAUUUACAAUGAUAGACUUGAGAUAUGGCCUUCAAAAGACUGGGAGCUAGAGUCCAUCCAUAGCAUUGAGGUUUUGGAGAUGGUUAAGGAACAUGUCAGUACUGUUAUUGGCUUGAGAGCAAACUCCAGUGUUACAGACAACUGGGCUACUACAAAGAUCCAACGGCUCCAACUAGGCCGAGUUUAUGCAGCCUCCAUCUUGUAUGGUUAUUUUCUCAAGUCUGCAUCCUCUAGACACAAACUGGAAAGAUGCCUAACUUUGGCUCAUGAAGAGCGUCUGAAUCAUAGGAACUCCCUUCAGUUUCCAGAUCUGUUACCUUGUGGAUUUAAGAGUCUCAUAUUUGGUCAUGUUAGUGACAUGCAAUCUGUUUCAUUGGGUAAAGGACCAGUUAGACAGGAAAAGAAUCUUGAAGAACUAAGGUGUUAUGUGAUGGGAUUUGACCCUGAGACGUUGCAGAGGUGUGCCAAGCUGAAAUCCAAAGAGGCUGUCAGUUUGAUCGAGAAGCACAGCUGUGCACUCUUCGGAGAUGAGCAGACAGGUAUGCUGGAGACUGAUGAGGUGAUUCUGACUUCUUUUUCAAGCCUUAAGAGGUUAGUUUUGGAAGCUGUUGCCUUUGGUUCUUUUCUUUGGGAGAUAGAAGAAUAUGUUGACACCGUAUAUAAGCUGAAGGACAACUGACUGGGGAGAAGGGGAAGUUAUAGCACUUGAGUAAAGUCUCUUUGUACAGAGGAGUUAUAUUUUCUACUUCGUUUCUUUGGUCUGCAAGCACUCGGCAAUUCGCAUUGUACAGUAUAAGUUGGUAUCAUUAAAUAAUGUACAGUAUAAAACUUUUCUACUGUCUCUAGUUGCAGUGGUUGAGCAAUCAUCGUUAUGUGUAACAUUUUGUAAUUAGUACAUCAAUGAGAUCAUUCUACUUGCUUUC